AUGAACACUCCUGGAUCUUUCGGAAUCGUCGAUUACUCUUUCCCAAUGUGGUCCAAGAAGCACGUCGGCUCGUGGCUCGACGCCUUUAAGCCCCGCCGCUCGUCAACCUCUUCUUCUUCGACAUCAUCAUCCCGAACCUCUUCAUUUUCCACGUCCUCGCGGUCAGGUCCCAGCAGCCGGAAUGGCUCCUUGGCUUCCCUGAUGUCGAUGGGCACGGUAGAGGAGCAGGAGCACCUCAUGGCUGAGCAGCCAAAAAGGCCCGCAUACGUGCCGCAGCACGCGGCCAAGUCCUUCAUGAAGACGGCGACUUCCAAAGAAAUUCGCAAGAACGGUGAGAUCCUGUGA